AUUAGCCAACAAUACAUUAGCCGCCCUUAUUUCAUUCCUAACUAUAUCCAGUAUUAUAUAGUGAAAUAGUUCUACCAAACCCAAUGCACUGUUAGUUACAUAAGCCUGCUUAGACCAAAAAAACUGGAUAUCAAGAAUCAAGAUCUACUAAUCCUUUCAACAAUGGCAGAGUAUGCAGUAGUGACUGGGGGGAACAAAGGGAUAGGAUAUGAAACAUGCAGACAACUAGCAAGCAAAGGUGUAGUGGUUGUGUUGACAUCAAGAGAUGAAAAGAAAGGCAUUGAAGCUAUUGAAAGGCUCAAGGAGGAGUCAAACUUCACUGAUGAACACAUUUUGUUUCAUCAACUUGAUAUUAUGGAUCCAGCUAGUAUUUCUUCUCUUGUCAACCUCAUCAAAACCAAAUUUGGAAGGCUCGAUAUUUUGAUUAACAACGCAGGAAUUUCUGGAGUUAUGGUAGAAGGAGAUGUACAAGUACUAAAAGAGAUACUAGAAAGAUAUAUCUCAAUCGUUUUUACUGAAGAUGAAAAUGGAGAAGAGGGAGGUUGGACGAAAUCAGGUCCUGGCAGUGUUACAAAUUAUGAGUUGACAAAAGAAUGCAUAGAGACAAAUUACUAUGGUGCAAAAAGGAUGACUGAAGCAUUUAUCCCUCUCCUUCAGCUCUCUAAUUCACCAAGGAUUGUUAAUGUCGCUUCUAGCAUGGGAAAGUUAAAGCUAUUGUGCAACAAAUGGGCAAUAGAAGUGCUACGUGAUGCUGAUAGCCUCACAGAAGAAAAGGUAGAUCAGGUGGUGAAUGAAUUUCUCAAAGAUUUCACAGAGAAAUCAACAGAAUCCAAAGGAUGGCCAAGUUACUUCACAGCCUACAAAGUCUCAAAAGCAUCGUUGAUUGCCUACACAAGAGUUUUAGCUACCAAAUAUCCGAAUUUUCGAAUAAACUCUGUAUGUCCUGGCUAUUGCAAAACAGACGUAAAUGCAAAUACUGGAAGCUUAACUGCUGGAGAAGGUGCUGAGAGCUUGGUGAAUCUUGCUUUGCUUCCAAACGAUGGACCUUCUGGCCUUUUCUUUUACAGAAAGGAGGUCACUUUUUUUUGAGCAUUGUUAGAUCCACAAAAUUGGUUUGCGUAUUUGGCAGAAUUGAAUCGUUUUCUAUCAGUUUUAUAGACAUUGCAAGAAUAAGAUGGAUAUAUAUUUCUUUUAAGUUACCCUAAUUUUAUCGUUUUAAUUAUGAAUUAUUCACUACUGUUAUUUUGGA